AUAAUCCAAAAGAAAUCCAAAUCCUAAUGCAUCGGUACAAGAAUGGAAAGCACGUAACCUCCCCUAAUUACAAAUCUUCCCUAUAAAUACCCACUUUUUAGUGCAAGUUCAUUUCUCGCUUUUCAAAACACAGCUCCUCCGUUCUCUCUUUGUCUCUCGGUGACCCCUUUCUCUCCAGUUUCUCCUGGGGGGUCGCCCAAAAUCAGAAAAAAAAAAUAAAAAAAAGAAAAAAAGAACCUAAUUUUCUCAUUCAAUUCCUAAAUUGAUAUUCAAAUCAAGUUUUAAAAAAAUUGUUUUCAGUUUUUUCAAUUAAUUUUCAACUUCGUCGGAAAUGGCGAACGCGGAUCCUGAAGGGAUAGACGCCGUACGGAUGACGUGGAACGUUUGGCCGCGCACCAAAGUCGAAGCCAGCAAGUGUGUGAUUCCGUUAGCGGCUUCAAUUACUCCGAUCCGUUCACACCCGGAUAUCCCAACGCUCCCUUACGCUCCUCUACGAUGCAAGACGUGUUCCGCCGUCCUCAACGCCUACUCGCGCGUUGACUUCACGGCCAAGAUCUGGAUCUGCCCGUUCUGUUACCAGCGUAACCAUUUUCCGCCUCACUAUGCUAUGAUCUCCGAAACGAACCUGCCAUGCGAACUCUACCCGCAAUACACCACUGUGCAGUACACGCUCCAACCGAAUCCCGAUCCAAACAACCCUUCCAAUGCUCCUCAAUUGCCACCAGUGUUUGUGUUCGUGUUGGACACGUGCAUGAUCGAGGAGGAGCUUGGGUUUGUUAAAUCGGCGAUGAAGCAGGCUAUUGGAUUAUUGCCAGAACACGCGCUUGUCGGUUUCGUUUCUUUUGGGACUCAGGCACAGGUCCAUGAAUUGGGGUUCUCGGAUAUGUCGAAGGUCUAUGUUUUCAGGGGUAGUAAGGAGAUUUCCAAGGAGCAAGUGUUGGAGCAGUUGGGCCUCGGUGCUGCUGGGCGGCGGCCAACCGCUGGGUAUCCGAAGGGCCUGCAAAAUGGAUAUACAAAUACCGGCGUUAACCGGUUUUUAUUGCCUGCUUCAGAUUGCGAAUACACUCUCAAUUCGUUAUUGGAUGAGUUGCAAACGGAUCAAUGGCCUGUACAAGCGGGACACCGGGCGUUGAGGUGCACCGGAGUGGCCUUAAGUGUUGCAGUAGGAUUGCUUGGAGCCUGCUUGCCCGGUACUGGUGCUAGGAUUGUUGCUUUGGUUGGUGGCCCAUGUACUGAAGGGCCAGGCACGAUUGUAUCGAAAGACUUGUCAGAACCUGUACGUUCACAUAAAGAUCUGGAUAAGGAUGCUGCACCAUAUUUUAAGAAAGCGGUCAAAUUUUAUGAUAGUCUUGCAAAACAGCUGGUCAGCCAGGGUCAUGUACUAGACCUUUUUGCAUCUGCACUUGAUCAGGUUGGAGUUGCUGAAAUGAAAGUUGCAGUUGAAAGGACAGGUGGCCUUGUUGUUCUAGCUGAAAGUUUUGGUCAUUCUGUAUUCAAAGACUCUUUCAAGCGUGUCUUUGAGGAUGGAGAACAGUCUCUUGGCCUAUGUUUUAAUGGCAUGCUCGAGAUUAACUGUUCAAAAGACAUCAAGAUUCAGGGGGUCAUUGGACCUUGCACAUCUUUGGAGAAGAAAGGACCUAAUGUCGCCGACACAGUCGUUGGGGAGGGGAACACUACAGCAUGGAAAAUGUGUGGUCUCAACAGGAGUACUUGCUUGACGGUUUUAUUUGAUCUUUCAUCAACUGAGCGAUCAAAUGUUCCAGGAGCUGCAAAUCCACAGCUCUAUUUGCAAUUUCUUACUAGUUAUCAGGACCCUGAAGGUAAAAUGAUGCUUCGAGUUACGACUGUGACAAGACAAUGGGUAGACAGUGCUGUUAGUGCAGAGGAACUAGUACAAGGUUUUGAUCAAGAGACUGCGGCUGUUGUAAUGGCAAGAAUAGCUUCCCUGAAAAUGGAGACAGAGGAGGGGUUUGAUGCUACACGGUGGUUAGAUCGGAAUCUCAUUCGACUUUGUUCCAAAUUUGGCGACUACCAGAAGGAUGAUCCAUCAUCUUUUACCUUAAACCCUUGCUUUUCUUUGUUUCCUCAAUUUAUGUUUAAUCUGCGGCGGUCACAAUUUGUACAGGUUUUUAACAACAGUCCAGAUGAAACUGCCUAUUUUAGAAUGUUAUUGAACAGGGAAAAUAUUACUAAUGCAGCUGUUAUGAUUCAACCAUCAUUAAUAUCAUAUUCAUUCAACUCGCUGCCCCAACCAGCAUUAUUGGAUGUGGCUUCCAUUUCAGCUGAUCGUAUUCUCUUGCUGGAUUCAUAUUUCAGUAUUGUUGUUUUCCAUGGUAUGACAAUAGCGCAGUGGCGCAACAUGGGCUACCAGAAUCAGCCGGAACACCAGGCAUUUGCACAGCUUUUGCAAGCACCCCAUGUCGAUGCCCAAAUGAUUAUUCGGGAACGCUUCCCUGUCCCUAGAUUGGUUGUAUGUGAUCAGCAUGGAUCCCAGGCAAGAUUUUUGUUAGCAAAGUUGAACCCAUCAGCAACAUACAAUAAUGCCACCGAUGUAGCUGUUGGAUCAGAUAUAAUCUUUACGGAUGAUGUAAGCUUACAAGUCUUCUUCGAGCAUCUUCAGAGGUUGGCUGUGCAAUCUUGAUUGUAGAAAAUAGUUGAAACACUUUGGUUUCUAGUACGGGAAAUCCCCUCAGUGUGAGUUCUGUAUCCUGUUAUACAUCCUCUGGUUCCUUCGGUUCUUUUCCUUUCCAUAAAUUUCAUCAACAAGAGGUCAGACCCCACGAUAUUUGGGAAAAUAAGGAUAGCAAAUAUCAUUCUUUGGGGGCGCCGCUGCGUUGGAGAGGUAUUUGCUUCCUUGAACGAAUAAGGGAUGCGACAAAGAGGUUGGUCUGAGUUUUUACAUUUAUAGGGAAAGGAAGGUAUAUGAUGAUGAGAAUGUAAGUUUGAGGAUCCCCUGUUUCAGUAGGAAUAUAUUUAGACAGGAAUUUUUUUCUCCUUUUGUGAAUUCAAUCAGGUCACAGUUGGAUAUGUUUGUGUACUGAAUUUCAGGUCAUAUACUCAUUGCCUAGGUUGAGAACAUGGGUCAUUUUGUUUUUGUUUUGUCUCAGCCCACACGUCAAAGUUCAAAAUACUUUGCUUGAAAUUCAAAGACGACUCCUUUCAGGUUUGGUAAGCCAUAAGCUGAUGGAAUCUGGAUUUUUGUUUCAUCAUGGUUAA